AUGAACCGUACGAAGCUCAAGCCUAAGACCUCCAUCCAUCCGGAUCAGGCAAUAUUAACCGCCACAUCGAGUCUGCAAGUAGUGAAGACUCUCAUAUCAUCUGGGUUCGGGUGUAUGGCCUGGAUUCGAGGGCUUCUGAGUGAUGACAACUUCAUAGAUGGGACGUUAUACGGGUCACGGAGUGGAGAAAUGCUCUCUACAGCUUCCCCUCACGACCCAAGCCAUGUCAGCUCGAGUUCCACCAAAGUCAAGGUCAUCAAACGCGGAUUCUCAACCGAAGCCGAUAGCCUUCUGGACUAUAUAGAUGGGAUUUAUGAUGCCCUCGAGAAGCAAUACCUCAAGAGUUUUGUGUUUGCUAUCUAUCUUGAUGAUAAAAACCCAAACAACCUGGUCGAGGCCUACACCUUUAACGUUUCUUAUCGGAAGAUAGCAGAUACGGACGUGGCUGCGCCAGUCAUGUCUUUAGCAACCAGCAUGUCCCAGAUGGACCUCGUAGAUGCAGAAGACCCUGUCGCUGUCGCGGCAGUCAACGGCAGGAUUCCAACGCUUGGGGAAGUGAAGCGGAGCGUUCGGCUGCUCGUCAAGCGACUCAUUUCAGUGUGUCAACAGUUAGACCCUCUCCCUGACCGGCGGUAUGCUACUUUCAAGCUACACUACAACGAAAAAACUCCUCAGGAUUAUGAGCCUCCUAACUUUGUGGCGGGAGACCCCGAGAAGGACCGCUUUUACUUUUCGACUCAUGGGGUUGGCCAGCGUCCCGAAAGGUUCUCCAUAGGCGGAGUUGGAACAGGACAGCAUGGCGUCCAAGUUGAAAUUGCUUCAAUCUGCUCGUUUCUACCGUCUCCUGAAGACAACAAUGUCCACUUCAAAGGACAUAUGGUGACUUCCAAUCCUCGCUCUAACUUUGCAGCCAAGGAAGAGAAACGCAAAGCUGAUAACCAAGCUCAAAUCGAGGAUGCAGAACGCCGCCGGAUCGUCUGGGAUGCGGAGCCCUUUGGACAUACAGAACAAGAGAAGGAAGCAGUAAAUACCCCACUCGGAGUACGCAGUGGUGACAGAAUUGAGUCGAUUACCGAGAUGGUUAGGCAUGUCGGAGGCGCGCAUAUCGUCCCAGGGUUGAACGAGGCAAUGAUUCAAGAGGAAACGGGGGAAUAUGCGACUCAGAUUUUGGAGACACAGGUGACGGUGAUCGUUCCAAGUGCCCAAGAGACCCCUCGUGCCACUCGACCGAAUAUGGAGGUCGACCCGACACAACCCGACGAAACUAGCCACGAAGAUGUCCAAAUGCAAGAAACUCAGCCGACGACUCUCGAACCCACUGAACGGGGCACUCAACAAACCGGAUCUCAGAUGCUUCUCAUUCCCAAGGCGAUCGAUCCUGCCACCCUAUACUCGAAGGAAGUAUCUUGCGAUUGUAACGUUGCAGACUCUACUCAAGAGACGUUCAUCUGCCAAGGGGAAUGCGGAAGGCGGGUGCAUGCGUGGUGUAUGGGGUUCCAUAAUGCAAACGAGGCGGGAAACUCACCAUAUUCGAUUUGCUUGAACUGUACGAUGAAGGAACAAGAUUGGCGCCAAUUGCUCGAACAGAGGGAUGUACUAAGGCUUACUGAGGCAUUCGUAGGGUUGGCCCAGUACAGACGCGCCCUCAAACUCAUUUAUAUCCACGGCCUCCCCGGGAAUCCCCAUGCACUUGGAAAGUUGAUAGGCUUUAUCGAGAGCCAAACUGCUGAAUCCGACGAACUCGGCAUGCUUGCCACUGUAGCAACAACAAAGAAAACAAGAGGCAGAAAACCGAAUAAGAAGAAACUUGGUAAACCCGUGCUCGCGUUGGUCAGGUCACCUGUCACCGAGGCGAGCUUCAACCGCUAUUUUAUGCCUCGUGGUGAGGUUGUACGGGAACUCUUUCGUAGAUUCAAGGAUGAGCAUAUACAGCCCUCGAGAACGAAGAAAAGUGCUGCCGCUUCGAAGAGCCGUGCUGGGAAUGUUUUAGUACCGUCGUCUAGCGCCAACAUCCCUGGCCAGGAAACUCCAAGAAACCCAAACAUGAGCCCACCCCCAGCUCCGGCCAUAUAUAACGACAAUGAUACCCAAACCCAGGAAGAGACACAAAUGAUCCUAGAUCAAGAGCCCAUUUCCAGUGUUCCGCCCCCCAGUCCUCCUGUUUCAUGCUCUGGGUCCAAACGCAAGGGGUCGGCUAGGAAAUCGUCCGGACGAGGAAAGAGGCUUAAAGUAUCACUCGCCAAUGCGCGCAUCGAACUGGAUAUGUACGACGCGUGCGAAUAG